CUCAGGCCGGCGCUCCGCAAUCCCCGCAACCUCGGGCCUGGGCAGCCCGCCAAGGGCCCAUCCGGAAACAGCCGAGCGGAUCCGGAAACAGCCGACAGGACCCGGAAGCGGUGAGCGCCGUCACCGGGGAGUGAGGGAAUUCGCCGUUUGCGCUGAAGUGAUGGCUGCAGCUGCGCCAGAGGCCGCGGGCGAGGACGGGCGGCAGCGGCGGCCCGGAGCCGCUCCUGACCGCCACCCCCAGGAGGAGGCAAAGGUGGAGGCCGAGUCAGGUGAGCUGGGCCGGCUGCGGGCCGAGCUGGCGGGCGCCCUGGCGGAAAUGGAGACCAUGAAGGCUGUGGCGGAGGUGAGCGAGAGCACGAAGGCGGAGGCUGUGGCUGCAGUGCAGCGACACUGCCAAGAGGAGGUGGCCUCGCUGCAGGCCAUCCUGAAAGACUCCAUCAGCAGCUACGAAGCCCAGAUCGCAGCCCUGAAGCAGGAGCGACAGCAGCAGCAGCAGGACUGUGAGGACAAGGAGCGGGAGCUGAGCCGCCUGCAGCAGCUGCUGGCCCGGGCCCACCCGCUGGACUCCCUGGAGAAGGAGAUGGAGAAGGCCCACGAGGACUCGGAGAAGCUGCGGGAGAUCGUGCUGCCCAUGGAGCAGGAGAUCGCGGAGCUCAAGGCGAAGCUGCUGAAAGCAGAGGAGCUGAUCCAGGAGAUCCAGGGACGGCCUCCGCCCCCGCCUUCCCUGCACGGCUCCGCAGAGUUAUUGUCCCUUUCCCGAAACCCGUCUCCCCCACUGGAGCCCCUGGAGGAGCUGAGUGGGGGCCCAGCAGCCGAGGCCUUUGCCCACAACUGUGACGACAGCGCCUCCAUCUCCUCCUUCUCCCUGGGCGGGGCAGGCAGCAGCGCCUCCCUGCCCCGUGGCCGCCGGGGCCUGAGCCCCGAGCAGGAAGAGACAGCCUCUCUGGUGUCCACCGGGACCCUGGUCCCUGAGGGCAUCUACCUACCCCCUCCCGGCUACCAGCUUGUCCCGGACGCCCAGUGGGAGCAGCUGCAGGUGGAGGGCCGGCAGCUGCAGCAGGACCUGGAAAGCGUCAGCCGCGAGCGGGAUGAGCUGCAAGAGGGGCUGAGACGCAGCAACGAAGACUGCGCCAAGCAGAUGCAAGUGCUGCUGGCCCAGGUCCAGAACUCGGAGCAGCUGCUGCGGACCCUGCAGGGCACCGUGAGCCAGGCGCAGGAGCGGGUGCAGCUGCAGAUGGCGGAGCUGGCCACCUCCCACAAGUGCCUGCGCCAUGAGGUAAAGCGGCUGAACGAGGAGAACCAGGGGCUCCGAGCCGAGCAGCCGCUGCCUGCAGCCCCCCAGGGCCAGGAGCAGCUCGAGGGCGAGAAGGAGGUGCUGCCUGGCUCAGUGCAGGAGCUGCAGCAGCUGUUGCACCGCACACAGCAGGAAGCGCAUGCCCGACAGCAGGCCCAGGAGCACGAGGCCGAGCGCCUGCGGAUCGAGAUUGUGACGCUGCGGGAGGCGCUGGAGGAGGAGACUGCAGCCAGGGCCAGCCUGGAGGGCCAGCUGCGCAUGCAGCGGGAGGAGACAGAGGUGUUAGAGGCCUCCCUGUGCAGCCUGAGGACGGAGAUGGAGCGGAUCCAGCAGGAACAGAGCAAGGCCCAGCGCACAGACCUCCUCGCUGAACAGAAGGCCAAGGUGCUGCGGCUGCAGGCUGAGCUGGAGACCAGCGAGCAGGUGCAGAGGGAUUUCGUCCGGCUGUCCCAAGCCCUGCAGGUGCGCCUGGAGCGGGUCCGCCAGGCAGAGACCCUGGAGCAAGUGCGUGGCAUCACGGAUGAGGUGCCCCUGAGGGACGUCAGGGACAUCAAGGACACGUGAGGGGCCAGGCGAGGAGCCCCACCCCACUCCCAGCGUCCUGGGCAGGACAGCCUUUCUCCACUACAGAAGCGGGAGGCAUCGGGGUCCUGAUGGCGUCCUUGCCCCCGCAGCCCAGCUUGAGGGGCCAGGCCGCCACUGCCCAGCGCCUCCUCCCGGGGUGGCCGGGCCUUCUGCUCUCAGGGAUGACACCUGGGUGAGGGUCCCAAGCCCCUCCCGGAACCAAAGGUGCAGGUUGACCCUGCAGCCCCCAGGCUCAGCACACACGCCCCAGCCCCCAGCAACAGCCGCACUGGUGGCCGGAAGCCUCUUAAACAUCCGGCGGUUCUCUUAAGAGCGCCCUGCGACAGGCAGCUGCUUUUUGGACUGCAUGACACUAAGACGCUGGUUCACAGGCUCAAGAUGUGCACGGAGGCAGGCCAGACUUUCUGUCGUUUAUUGUCAAUAAAUAAGCAGCUCAGCUCA